AUGGAGGCCAAACAGGCAAAUCCCCGCUUCAUCCCAGCGGCUCGCGCCCGACCUACCAGCCCUCUGGUAGCAAAAGCCCCUCAGGAAUUCCCUCUCGCCCUUCCGGAUCUGGUACAAAACCUCUCCCUUCACCCUCUCACGGAACAAACGCCCCUUACCAAUCAGGAACAGCCAGCAAAUCACAAAGCGGAACAUCUGUCUCCCGCUCACCUUCCAGAUACUCCUCCAUGGCUUCCAUGGGCCCUCGUCCCUCAAUAUCUGGCGGCACUGUGCUGCGUGGUCGAGGAACCAGGAAUCACUGGGAAAGACGAACAGUGCUGCAUCGUGACUGAUGAUCCGGAGCCUGAGUGUGGUGCAGAUGGCAGCAGCGAUGUCUGCGUUGAUGGGGGUGUCGAGGGGUGUGCUGCGCAGGGGACGCCGGUCACUGCGAGGUGUGCGGGCAAGGAUCAGCAGUGCUGUUCGCCGAAUAUUGAAGAGUGCGGCGCCAGUGGCAAUGGAGGAGUUUGCAAACCUACAGGUGACUGCAUUGACUCGGCGGGUACUGUGACUGCAGGUCUCUGCGGCGGACAACGCGAUGUCUGCUGUAUCCCCCCCGACUCAACACCGAAACCGACCUGUGGGAGUGGCAAUAAUGAAGGACAGUGCAUCAAUGGUGACGCGAGUACUUGCGCAGCUGCGUUGGGGACACCCAUUACGGAUGAAAUGUGCGACGGCGAUGGGCAGUUCUGCUGUGAUGUCCAGACUUGUGGUGUCUUUGGGACUGGAAACACUUGUGUGGAUGGCGGCCUGGCUGGCUGUCUUGCUACGACCGGCAGUGUCACGGAAGGCUAUUGCGCUACAGAUGGGCAGACAUGCUGCACGCCUCCGGCGAUCGUGACUCCAACUUGUGGCGCUGAUGGAAGUGGUGAUACUUGCCAAACGUAUGACGCUUGUGUAGGGUCCACGAAUAUAUUCCCAGCAGGGACGUGCCCGACUGGUCAACUUUGCUGCACCCUCCCCCCCGCCCAAACACAACCAAUCCAAUGCACAUUCGGCGGCUUCCCUGGCACCUGCAAGGCCAUUGGGGACUGUGACAGCCCCCUCAAUGGCGCGGCCGAAGAAUGCGGCAACCCCGCCGCCGGAAUGGCAUGCUGCGCCCCCUACACGGACCCUAACACACCUCCCGUAACUACAACCACUGACCGGAACCUACGCCUCGAAAUCCACGACAUCUGCGGCACUGCACCCAACGACCGGCUUACGAAGAAGAAGUCGAGACGCUCCUCUUCCCCUCAUCAACAACCAUCGCCGUCCUCCCACAAACGCACAGUCUUCGACUGCUACACGACUCCUUUCGAACCCUCAAUCCAAUACGCCGCCUCAGAAUUCGGCGCAAUCUCAGAAGUCCUGGACCGAGUGCCCACGUUCGCUGAGGCAGGCACCUUCACCUUGACGGGUGACGGCUCCCUCCUACGUCCUGUCGAGAACGUGAACACGGUGGCGAUUUUUGAUAAUACUAAUGGGCCGAAUGAGGUUGGUUUUGUGCAGUAUGUACCCGGGGCGGCGCAGGGGGCUAUCCAUUGCGUCGUCUCGGGGGGUGGGGCGAAUGAUGUUGUUUGUAUAGGGACGGAUGUGGAUAGUGGGGAGGUGGUGACGGGAUUCUUUACUUGUCCGUUGGAUGAUGUGCUUUAUUUGGGGGAUCCGCCGGUUUCGGGGUGUGUGGAGGUUGGGGUUGUGGCGCUUUUCUAUUAG